GACGCCCUGAUUGGCUGUUAAGGCCAACGCCGGCGUUCUGAUUGGCUGAGAGGAUUCCUCCGGGCGGUUCGCUUGCGCACAGUGCUCUUACCAUGCCUCCUGGGAAAGUGUGCAGUAAAGAAGCCCUGGUCCUGCAGUGUGAGUGGGACAUGUGCACCUUUGUGGUCUCCAAGAUGGAAGAGUUCUGUGAGCAUGUGUCAAAGCAUUUGCAGCAGCACCUCCACGGGAAAGAGGAGGACGAAGAUGAAGUGGAUUCUCUCGAAGAAUACACCUGCCUGUGGCAGGAAUGUGGCUUCUGUUCUCCAGAGAGUCCGACAGACCUUGCCCGCCACGUGUACUUCCACUGCUACCACACCAAGUUGAAACAGUGGGGACUUCAAGCCCUACGUAGCCAGUCGGACCUGACCCCCUGCCAGCUGGACUUUCAGAGCCGGAACAUUAUUCCUGAAAUUCAGGAGAACUUCCUUUGCUUAUGGGAGUACUGUGAGAGAGCGUUUGAUAAUCCUGAAUGGUUCUAUAGGCAUGUGGAGGAUCACAGCUUCUGCACGGAGUAUAAAGCUGUCGGGAAGGAGAAUCAUGUUGUCUUUUGUGGAUGGAAAGAUUGUGACUGUACCUUCAAAGGCCGGUGCAAGUUGCGCGAACACCUGCGUAGUCAUACACAGGAGAAGGUGGUGGCUUGCCCCACCUGCGGCGGGAUGUUCUCCAACAACACCAAGUUCUUUGAUCACAUCCGCCGUCAGACUGCCCUAGAACAACAGCGAUUCCAGUGUUCCCACUGCUCUAAGAGAUUUGCCACAGAGAGGCUGUUGCGGGAUCAUAUGAGGAACCACGUCAACCACUACAAGUGUCCCCUGUGCGACAUGACUUGUCCUCUGCCCUCCUCCCUGCGGAAUCACAUCCGCUUCCGGCAUAGUGAGGAGCGGCCCUUCAAGUGCAAUUACUGCGACCACAGCUGCAAGAAUCUCAUCGACCUCCGGAAGCACUUGGAUACGCACAGCAAAGAGCCAGCGUAUCGCUGCGAAUUCGAGACCUGCAGCUUUAGCGCCCGCUCCCUUUGCUCCAUCAAACUGCACUACAGGAAGGUCCAUGAGGGCGACUUGGAGCCCCGCUAUAAAUGCCACGUCUGUGACAAAUGCUUCACCCGUGGGAACAACCUCACCGUCCACCUCCGGAAGAAGCACCAGUUCAAGUGGCCUUCGGGCCACCCUCGCUUCAGGUACAAGGAGCAUGAGGAUGGCUACAUGAGGCUUCAGCUGGUGCGCUAUGAAAGUGUGGAGCUCACGGAGCAGCUGCUGAAGGACCGGGAGAAGCAAGGCGAGGUGCUGGACGACACGACCCAGUGUAUGGUGCUGGCGGGGUCUGAGGGCAGCCUGCAGGGCAUCAUCCUGGAACCCCCUGCAGAGGAGGCCGCCACUGCUGUGGACUCGCCGCCAGCCGUGUCCCCCCAGCAGCCAGCAGAGCCAGAAGCCGACGUGUCUUCCGAGCAAGAGCCCAGUGCGCCUUCCAGCCCCAUCAUCCGCGUUGUGAACAGGACCAAUGAGCGCGGGGAGAGCGAAACUGUGUACUAUGUGAUGGCCAACACACCCUCAGAGGGCCGAGCAGCAGUGCCAGAUGAGUUUGCCACGGAGCCUGAGGAGAAUGUCAUGGACAGGCUGCAGAAGACAGCCGAGGAGCUGGGCAUUCAGAUUGUCUGACCCUCCUGGUAGCCCCGCCUUUCCCCGUAUGGACCUCCAGGUCCCCCUUUUGCCCCUCCUCCCCCAGAGGCGGAGUGUCCUGCUUCCUGAAGGCACAUUCUGAGAACCAAAGGCCAUCGGUGCUGCCUGGGGAAAGGGAGGAGGAGGGUGACACUCUUUCCCACACACUUCGUGGUCAGCUGGCAGCUUCUGCUGCUGGCCGAUCUUGCAGAGGGAAGAGGGGACGCCGCUGCUCUGCCGGUCGGUGCAAAGGGUGGUGGGAAACCUUCCUUCCUUGGAUCACCGGCUGGAAUGCCUGGCGUGCAGCGCCCUGAUCCCAUUCUGCGAAUGGAAGGAUUGGGGCUGAUUUGGAGGCGCUCAAUGUUCCAAGAGACAUUUUUUUUCGCCCCACCCCACAACACUCUUUGGAAGAUUCUUCCGUUCUUCGGCAGGCCCCUGGCAAAAUGUGUCCAUGCCAGACAAUCUGCCUCCUUGACAUGAACAUGACUCCUCUGGUGCAUGCGUGAACUGCAACCCCCCCCCCCCCCCGUCUUUUGAAACGUGGCUUAUUUUCAGCCUGAAAUUCUUUGCUGGGGCAGGAACCCCUGACUCGAUCUUUACUUGACCGUGCUGAAUUUGAGCAUCCUCAGCAACCUCCCUGGGUGAUGAUGCUUCAUUGACUCUCCGGUUCCCGUCUUGCUCUGGGAGAGGGACAUUCAGAGGACCUCGUUCCCAGCUGCUGCUCCCCAGUUCACGUGUCCUGCCUUUGAAGCUGCCUCUCACAUUGUCUUUGUGACACGAGAGCUGCUGGGUCACUAAGGAAGCCCCGGAUCAUGUGCUGGAGCUCUUUCCACCCAGCCUGAGAGUCCUUGGAAGACCCGGGCGGUGUGGGGAGAGAAGGCUUCACCCUUGUCACAUUAUGUUCUCCCAGACUGGGGUUCUAACUCCUGAAUUGCAAUGUUUGUGUUAACAACAGAAAAUAAUAAAAAAAAUUCAGCUGCCA